CUUGAACUUACAGAGGAAGCAAAAAGGAUGUGAUGAGUCCGAUAUUGCAGAAUAAAUAGACAGGACUAAACAUUUGCUUCGAUGAGAAAUGGAAGCCGCCGCACCGCACAAUAUCAGACAGGACAUGUACAGAAAUGUCCACAGCCUGAGUUAGUGUUGCUAGCAUUAACAUAUUCUCACCUAUGUUAAGAGCAUCGCCGUAUAUCCCACCUCGCUGGCAUCCCCAACCUUUGCCGCCCCAGGUGAAGAUGGUAUACCUGCAAUACUUCCUAAGGUAGGUACAGUACCGACCCGUCCAGGCCAGCAGCAGCGUCAAACAGUCAACGACCGACAGCCGAGCGUACUCGUCCUCAAUGGCUAUCUCGUCGAACAAGUUCACAUUUGUAUCGAGGCACCUCCCAUUCGCUGUGACUUGCCGACGGACAUGCAUACCCAAGUACAUGUCCCAAUGUGGCCGAUAUCGGGACCAUGACAUGACCACCGCACGACGGUAUAAACACGAGGUUCAAGCCAUACAUGGAGGUGCUUAACAAACCAACAACAUCAUAACCCAAGUUUUUGAGAUAUUCUCGUUCCACUACUAGUAGUCGAGUCUCAUUUUGCGCUUGCUUCUCGCCUUCAAGUCUGUGGUGUUGCAUCAACCUAGCCACGACCCCUCCAACCCUCUACCAACAAACACACCUACAGUACUCCAGAACCCUACCAACUUGACCAUCCCUGGCAACACCAACCAUGCCCCCCAAAGAACAAGCCACCUACUCCCACGGCCACCACAAAUCCGUGGUAUCCGACCACGCGCGCCGAACAGCCCAAGACUCAGCGGCAUUCUUGCUACGGCACAUCAAACCGACCGACACGAUCUUAGACGUGGGGUGCGGACCCGGCACAAUCACCGCGGACCUAGCAACACUAGUACCACAAGGCAAAGUGAUAGGUGUUGACGCGGUAGCCAGCGUAUUGGACCAAGCGGCCGAGUACGCUGCGUCUCGGGGGUUGACAAACAUAACAUUUCAACAGAUCGACGCCAACAGCCUACCCUUUCCGGACGAUUCUUUCGACAUUGUCUACUGCCACCAAGUGCUGCAGCACGUCAAGGACCCCGUGGGCAUUCUGCGUGAAAUGCGCCGGGUGGCCAAGUCCGGGGGCACCGAUGGUGGUAUCGUCGCCGCCCGCGAAGCUGACUACAAGGCUUUCGCGUGGUAUCCGGAACCCCCUGAGCUGGACCGCUGGGCCGAGCUCUAUCAGAAAGUCGCCAGGGCCAACGGCGGCGAACCAAACGCAGGUAGGUACUGUCAUGUCUGGGCGCGGCAGGCUGGGUUUGGGUCUGAAGAAAUUGAUGCCUCAUGGGAUACCUGGCGGUAUGCCGGCGAGAGAGUCAGGCAUUUUGCCAUGAGCUGGAAUGGAAGGAUUGUCCAGCCGGGAUUCAAGGGCACUGCGGUCCGAGAAGGGUUUGCCACCGAGGAAGAAAUCGAGAAAAUCUCCCUGGCUUGGAAAGCUUGGGGCGAGCAGGAGGAUGCCUUCAUUGCCAUUCCACAUGGUCAGAUCUUGUGUCGCAAAUCAUAGGAUGUUGAACAGUGUUAUAAGUGAUCCAUGCCAGUGGACAAUGUUCCAAACUUGAACGUGCUUUCGUUCCUGCAGACGAGACGCGCCGCCCAACUCAUUUGGAUUACCCUGAAAAUAAUACCUAAAUCAUCGCUAUAUAAUAUACAAAGCGUCACUUCGCUGGGAGCUUCUCGGAGAGCUUGUGAUCCCCAUCCUCGUGAAGCCCUUUCAAC